AGUCAAUUCGCUUGAGCUAUCAGUGGUUUAAUGUUGAAGGAAGCCUUUGCCUGACAUGUAGUAGACCCCCUUUCAUCUACCCCAAGACUUCUUUCUUUGCGUCUUCUACUUUGAUCUCUGUACAAACCUCACAGGUAUAUUGAGGUGUGUCACUAAAAGUCAGGACUUCUGACUCUACAAGUUCAUCCGCUCAAGCAAAUAUGGAUCAAAAAGGUUCGUCAGAAGAUUUAAGAACUGAUGUUGAGUUGGUGAGAUCAUCCUCUGAAAAGCAACUUUUGAGGCCUUCAGCUCGAUACUAUUCAGUAUUUAAAGGGCAAGCAACAGAUGUGGAUCCUGAGAAGGGAAGAUACACUCUUAUUAAAGAUGCAGAGGACUUUCCAUCAGGAAUAUACGAGAAACAGCUUCCAUGCUUUGGCUGUGGGAUAGGAUGGUUUUCAUUUCUAUUAGGCUUUGCCUUCCCAUUGAUGUGGUACUAUGCCACAGUUCUCUACUUUGGAAAUUACUAUCGCAAAGACCCCAGGGAGCGAGCUGGGCUGGCAGCCUCUGCAAUCUGUGCACUGGUUUGUUCUGUAGUGUUGGUGGUCAUAGUACUGUUUUUGAUAUUCUAGCCUUGCAUAAUCCAAUUCCAAGUGUCCUGGCACACAUGAUGAAAGCAUUAUCGGAAUGGAAAUGAGUGUAUAGACUUGGAGGCUACAACUUUUGCAUAGAAAGGAAAAAGAAACUAGAGAACAGAAAUACUCUUACUGGGAAUUCUCCAUACGUCUAUAUUACAAGCUUAGAAUGGAUCAAACAUAUUCAUAUUUAGUUUUUGUUCUAUCCAGUGGAUGAAGAGAAACUAUGUUUAUAAAUCUUGUAAUUACACAUAAUUUUUAUAAUGGUAAUAUAGAGCUGUGGAAUGUUAAUGCC